CGGAAGGCCCCUCGCUUUGUAUUUAACGGAAAUCAUUUCAAAAGAGGAGAGUAGAGGUAAUAAAUGCCAUCUCAAUCCAUUUUCUCAAGUGUGCUCUUAGAGAUCACCGUCGCCAUGAAAGUCCCUUCUUAAGACCGAAAAAUCAACGAAAUUUACUACAAGUCACGCAGGUGUAAAGAAUCCGAGAUCUAACUCUCGCAGAGGUCCAUAAAUAAUCUAGCUUGAUGUAUGUUGAAACUGCCAUGCAGUGAAGAAAUGCUGCGUAACACAGACCCUAAGGAGACGGCUUUGGAACAAAUUAACCAGUUCCUCCAAGAGACUACUGCGCAUGGCUUUGGGCGACUAGGCGCGACCGCUGGCUCAAAAUGGCGACUCUACUGGGUGAUGUUUUGUCUUGCGGCUUACUGCGUGUUUGUGUGGCAAUUGGUGGGCCUUGUCAAUCAAUACAACAGCAAACCAAUCAAGACAAGAAUGCAGCUGAAACAUGCCCAGAAACUCGAUUUUCCGGUAGUGACCAUAUGCAACAUGAACGUACUGCGAGCGAGCCGGUUGCCCCCCAAACUGCGGACAAAAUUCGAUCAAAUCAUCAACAAUACAAAAAAAACAAGUCCGAGAAAUUCCAGCAAUUCAAGAAAUGCGUUCGUUGAUCCCCAAGAUCUUUCCUUCGAAGAAACGAAAAAGUUUGAAAUUUUACACGCCGUGACGGCUCAUGAUGACUACAGGGAACUCGUGUCCGCUGCACAUCAACUUGAAGACAUACUUCUCUCGUGUAAUUUCAAUGGUGUAAAUUGCAGAAAUUCCAACGACCCAACUAUACCAACAUCUUGGACACAAACCUGGAACGAUAAUUUUGGAAACUGUUACAUGUUUAACUCUGUUAAAACACACAAUGGCGAAAAGGUUGAUCUGUAUUCGUCAUCCGUACCAGGAGAGUUACAUGGGCUGACUCUGCAACUGAACAUCGAACAAAACGAGUAUUUGGAAGGAAUUUCUGAGGUUGCUGGGAUGAAGGUGACCAUCAGUGAUCAAGGAGUCUUACCCUUCCCCGGACAACAGGGCAUUAGAAUCAUGCCCGGUCAAUCUACUGGAAUACAAAUGACAAAGUUACAGACAAGGCGUAUCGACCCAUUCAAGAAUAGGAGUUGUGAAAGCAGUAACGAAAUGUCUGACAAGAACUUGUUUUUCGGCUACAACAUGACAUAUUCAAUAAUGGCGUGCAAGUACUCUUGUCUGAACGCGAGAAAAAUUGAGAGGUGUGGCUGUACAAAUUACAACACCCCUGAGAUGCAGAAACGGAAUAUCCCCUUAUGCAACAGGCUAAAUAGCACAAUAAUUGAUUGUCUGAACAAAGCUUACGACACAUUCGAAGACGGCUCCUGUGAACGGGAGUGCCCACCAUCCUGUUCGGAAGUAUCUUUUGACUUGACCGUAUCAUCCGCGAGAUGGCCAGCGAGGUCAUACGAGAAAACAAAGUUAAAGACCCUACAGACGGAAUAUGGUAUCAACAUGACAAAGGAAGAAAUGUUUGAGAACAUUGCACAAGUCCAUGUGUACUACGGGGAGCUUGACUACUUACUAGUUCAGGAGACGUUAGCAUACACGUUCAUGAGCCUGCUAUCGGAUAUCGGGGGUCAGAUGGGGAUGUGGAUUGGAAUCUCGGCUUUAACAUGCGCAGAGCUGAUCGAACUCGUCUGUGUCAUCCUGGCGAACAUGAGUAACAGAUCUAAGAAAAUAGUACACAUUAAUAGUUUUCGACCUGAAAAGUUGGGAGGAGUCGAGACAAUAGAAAAAGGAGGAGAAAACAAUAGAACAGGAGGUGCAAGGGGGAGUAGGAACAAUAGAACAAUAGAACAGGAGGUGCAAGGAGGAGUAGGAACAAUAGAACAAUAGAACAGGAGGUGCAAGGAGGAGUGAGGAGCAAUAGAACAAUAGAAUGGGAGAUGCAAGUUAAAUCUAGUCUCAUAAUGACGGUUAUGUCGCAUAAGCGUCAAUAUGAGGCUUUGUUUUCGAUAAUACCGAAAAUUAUUGUUUACGAAAGGAUUAAUAUAUAGAUUUAAGCACUACCUAAAAGCGUAGCUCCAAACAACAAAAUUUUUGCUUAUUUUCGCUUAAUAAUUUAAAAAAUAUUAAAUAUUAUUAUUAUUAUUUCUGUUUUUGACGAAGUCAACGAUUUCACAGAUCCCGCGACAAACUUGUUAUAACCCCUUCCAACAACAUCUACAAAUUUAGUUGUCAUACGAUGUUUCGGCGAUGAUGUCACAUGAAUGAAGUCGCGUGACCAGCUCACUGCACCCAACUUGAAACAUUCAUCACACCUACCGAGUUUUGUUGUCACACAAUGUUUCUUCAAUGAAAACUAAAUAUUUUAAAUUUGAUGACGUCAGCAUUUUUUGGCUUUAAGUUACGCCAUUGAUGACGUCAAAAUCACAUGACUAUAUUGGUGCACCCCUUGACCCCUUAUGACACAUACCAAGAUUGGUUGAUAUAUGAUGUUUUAUUCAUGAUAUAAGGAUAUUUUUGUUCUUAAUAAAAUCGGAAUAGUUAGUUAGUGACGUCCUCGAAAACGUCACAAAUCAUCUGACCAUAUUUUUGCACCCCCUGUGACACAAUCAUGGCACCUGCCGAGUUUGGUUGCCAUAUGGUGUUUCCUCGUGAAAUAUAAAUAUUUUUUAUUUUGACGUAAGCAAAUUUUUGCUUCUAUUGACGUCAACGAUGAUGUCACCAAUCUCACGUGACCACAGUUUUGCACUUCCCUUGACACAUACAUGACAACUGCCAAGUUUGGUUGUCAUACGAUGCUUUUUAGGGACGGAUGAAAGGACGGACAUCGAGUCACGAAAACUCGAGUCGGUGGGUUACCAAUAUUUGUUACCAUAUUUGUUUUAUACACCACUUUUUCUUAGGUAUGGAGCUCCGCUAUCAUUAGUUUCAAUAACAAUAGACGCGUGAAACAUUUUGAGGUUAUUAAGUAUAUCACAUAUAUCCAGGAAAGAAAACGUAUAUCACAUCCCCAAAAAAUGUCUUCAUAAAAAAAAAAAGUGUAACUUAUCUUUACUAUUCUAAUACGACCCUAUAGGGUAUACGCUAUUUAAAUGAACUCUGUGUAGCUCUAAGUAGGCAGGCCCAAACACCACAGUCAAUAAAUUGCUUGGAUGAUCACU